UACCGCUCGUCCACUCAAUAAGGAAAGGGGGAAAAAGAACUAUUGCUAGUCAUAACUGGCACAGCUCACAGGCACGGCAAGAAGGCGCAACCAAAUCCUAGCCAUCCAUAAAGCCACUGACGUCUUUUGAAGAGUGGGAAAUCUAAGACAUAAAGUGCUUUCCUAUCGCCGCUCCCGGCUUCGGCUUUCUGUUUUUGUCUCUCUCGUCCAGACUCCACACUCCCGUCUCCCGAAUGGAUUCAGGCAACCCAGAAAUGUCGAUCGAGGUUCCUCCUUACCUUCGAGUACGCAAGGACGGGAGCGUCGAGAGAUUAGCCGGCACCCAAGUUGCCCCUCCGGGCUUGGAUCCUGUCACCAAUGUUAUAUCCAAAGACAUCCUCAUCAUACCCGAAACCGGCUUGACAGCCAGGCUUUAUCGUUCCAACUCCGUCGCCAAAACUCCUCAGAAGCUUCCUUUACUGCUCUACUAUCAUGGCGGCGCCUUUUGCAUUUCUUCGACCUCCGAUCCCUUUUACCAUAACUCCCUCAACAACCUCGUGGCGGAGGCUAACCUUGUUGCUGUGUCUGUCAACUAUAGAUUGGCGCCAGAGCAUCCUCUUCCAGCGGCAUAUGAAGACUCCUGGGAUGCGCUUCGGUGGGUAGCGUCUCACGCCACAGAAGACCGUGAAGACCACGAAAGCUGGCUCAAGAACAACGUUGAUUUUGACAGGGUGUUAUUGGGAGGUGAUAGCGCGGGCGCCAAUAUUACGCACUUCCUGGCCUUAAGGUUGCAUGCCUCGGACCCUGUUCCUACAGAGUAUUUCAAGGUUUCUGGUCUCGUUAUGGUGAAUCCUUAUUUCUGGGGGAAGGAGCCGAUUGGAGUGGAGAUUACUGAUACAACAAGGAGGGAAAUGGUGAACAAGUGGUGGGAUUUUGUGUGUCCAUCGGAGAAAGGGAAUGAUGAUCCGCUGAUUAACCCGUUUGUGGAGGAAGCUCCGGCUUUGGAGAGGUUGGGUUGCAGUAGGGUGCUGGUCACAGUGGCGGAGAGAGACAUAUUGGCGGAAAGAGGGAAGCUUUAUUAUAAAAAAUUGUUGAACAGCGGAUGGAAGGGAAGGGCGGAGCUCUAUGAGACUAAGGGGGAGGAUCACGUGUUCCAUAUCUUCAACCCUAAUAGCGACAAGGCCAAGAGCUUAAUUAAACGCCUUGCUUCAUUCAUUAAUGAACAAUGAAGCUCCUCACCCGAAGCCAACUCUCUGCGAGGACCCCCGUCUUAAGGUCCCUAAAUAUAAUAAAGGUCACCCCCAGUUCACCGGUUAAUUCCAAAUUUCGUCUUCUGGCUUUUAACGUCAGACCACACAGCUUGUCUUUACUUUACGUCCUUCCAAUUGUUGGUCCGUAACCUUCCUUGUUAUGUUCUUUUAGGCCAUGUUCCAUGCACUAUCAUCCUUCGUUUUCCAGCCGUGCUACAAGUUCUAUGCCAGAGUUGCAGUUUUGAAAUUUAACUUUUCAACCGAGUUUGUAUAAGUUUGUUCGCAAGUAAACUUUCGUGGUGUUUUAGUUUAAAGUUUGAACUGUUGAUCCACAAAAA